GUACCAAGCAAGCAAGUGCCUUCCAAGAUUGAUCACGCCUUACUUGAAGAUCUCCGCACACACCAACAUAUACACGUUUCUUCUCUCACUAGCCUUAGUACUAUUAUACUAAGUACAAGUACCUACCUACACGCCUGCCCGUCGCCUCCUAUUACCAUAUAAGCAAGAUCCCAUCAAUCCAUCAACCAUGGCCUUGAAUCUUCGGGGCCAAAACCUCGGCCGAGCUCUGGACAUGGUCAACCGCUACCACGCUAUCAUCCACGACCUCCUAGCGAGCGACUACGACCCACACCACCCACCUCUCUUCCUGAGCAGAAACAUGCGUGACACGUUGCGACGACUUAUACCGGCAGGCAUCGACCCGCUUCUGGGCAUCGGACCCAACACUUCCUGGUCCGCGAAGGAAGAUGCCUGGGCAGAGAUGUAUGAACGACUUGGGUUUCCCGUCCACAGCCCCUUCCGCUGGGACAAUAUCACUCACCACCGGCAUCUAUGCCUGGACCAAGCGAUUUCAAUGCUAUUGCCUCAGCCCGUCCGCGAGGCCCUUCACCGGAACUUUUCCAUCACUAACAGCGGUCUACCGCGACGGCUUCAGGAGGCCACGGUCGCCGCCAAUAAUCGUCGUUUCGGCACCAGUCCCGCCGGCCGCCAUUUUGCUCUUACUCGAGACUUAGUCUUCUCGCCGGUGGCUCCGGCUCUCAUCGAGGCAGCUCACGCUGAUGGGUGGCUAUAUCGCAGCCCCAACCACACCCCACUAGAAGACGAAUACGACAACCAAUAUGGCAACCUCAAUCUCAGUGCCCUUCAUCGCCUAGUCAGCAAAAGCAUUGCUGAAGGACAUGGCCUGACCGCGCAUGACUCAAACUCAGAGACCGGCAGCGAGAGAGGCAGUCGGAGCCACGAGCCUAGCCUGGUCCAUCCAAACCCUGGCGCCACAACGCUCCCCGAUGAUGGUAAUGACGAGGACGAAGAGGACAACGACGUCCACCCCCAGACCUACCACUGCGAGCUGUGCCAAAUCAUCCGCAAAGUCAACAUCCGACUGGCGCGCAUGCGCGUAAAUGUCGUAGAUGGCAUAAAGGCAGUCCACGAACUGAUUGCAGAGUUGGACAAUUUACGCAAGGACUUUGAGGAGGAGUGGGAGCAUAUCGUGAGUAGGGAGUUGAUCCGAAAUGAACGAGGGUAUCAUCCAAUCCCGUACUUCUUCUGGCUUUUGCCCCGGUACGAAUACCGCCCGAAUGUGGAGUUGCAUAUGCUGGAUUUGGACUUGGUGUCGUUUUUGGAGUUCCUCGAAGGGUGCCAUAUGAGGCGCGAAGAUGUGUAUGAUGAUGGCACUGAGUAUGGAGGGCAUUCAUCAUCAGAGUCUGAAGAAGAUUACGAAGAAGAUGACGAAGAGGAUGACGAUGACGACGACGACGACGACGAUGAUAACGAUGACGACGAAGAUCACGAUCACGAUACUUCCAAUAUUGAAAACGUCCCCCCGGUCGAGGAGCCCGAGUCGCAAACCGAUGAGGAGGAGGACACAGAAUCCACUCUGCCUCAGGCACCUCCGGCUCCCCCGGGAAAGCGUCCGUUGACCAUCAACGGCGAACCUCUAAUCAACUUUCGUUAAGGGGCUGCUCUAUACUGCAGCAUUUGCGUGUUCCUGAAAUUGAACGACGCUAAAAGGGGGGUGAUAUGAUUACACGAACCGCGAUUACGAGAACGAUGAUACGAUGAAACAAUAAGAACGAUGACUUUAUAAGAAUGGUCCUACUACUAAGUACCGAACGAUGGUACUAUGAAAAGGAUGAUACAACAUACGAAUUGAACAACUGCAUGGUGUUGGUAUUCGCGCAUUUACGGGCAGACGAACAAGAAUAAAGUGGGAGUAUGCUAGGUGGCUGGUUGGCAGAGAUAUCACGCCACAGAAUACUCGAUUGCUGAGCUGUGAUUACGAGAUACUCAGCUGAGGGUGUAUGGAAUGGACACUGUCUCAUGAAGGGAUGGUCGAAGUGAGAGAACCAAGGCUAUGAUGGAAAGCCCUUGACCUACUUGGCUAGUAUAUGAGGGCGAAGGAGACGAAGAAGGUGGUUCGCUCGAGGAAUAUACUAGGUACUACUAAGUAGGUAGGCAUGUUAUGGAAAAUGGUCAUUCCAGACGACUCCGUCACAUGAUGAUGAUCAUUGAUCAUGAUUCAGUAGGAUCGUGGAAAUACUGAUAGCCUGUGAUAGGUAGUGUCUUCAUUAUGGACGCUGCGAUAGGCAAAUACAGAUGUUAAUUAAAAAAAAAC